AUGGACGAGUUAUGUCAUAAGUGGAAUGACAAAAUGAAAAAUUUACGAUUUAAAAUAAAUAAACUGCGUAACGAUAUGGAUGAUUUUAAAAGGAUUACCAUUAAUACGUGCAUUCAAAGAAAUAAAAAGGUGUCCUUUUCAAACCUGCACAGCAACAUGCGAAGAAGAGAACUUAUAAGCAUGAACAAUUACGAAACGAAGCCGAAUUUGGGGAAGGUAAAUAAUUGCACACAUGUAUUACGCGAUGACAACGGUAGUAAGAUAGGCAAUAAUGUGCCUUUGCCUCUAUCGAAGAACGCGUCUAAUAAGGUCAUCAAAACGAAUGACGCCAAAGCACUGGACAAUAAAAUAUCCCUGAAAUUUAUCUCAAGAAAUAAGAGAAAAAAUGAAAAGGUGGUCAAAAUGAAUGACAGGAAGUGGCUAAACGCGACGAAGCAUAUGAAAGUUGAGAAGGAAAAUGACAUAGGGAUGGAGAAAAUUUUCGAAAAAAAAAAGAGCGCUAAGAAUAGGAGGUUGUACUUGGAGGGAGAAAAAGGCUACAUACAGGCGUACCCAAUAUACUCCGACUUGGAAGUGGGAUUCGAAAAUAUAUCACGCCUUGAGGAUGAAACUUUGUCAAAAGUAAAAAAGGAGAGCCAGGACGACGACGACAUAAAAACGUCAAGGCAGCUAGCCGAAUGGAGCUCAGAUAUGGUUCACAAGUAUCUUGAGGAGACCAUUGAAAAAACGAGAAUGCUUUUUCAGAGUGUAGAUUUGAAAAGUCGACAACAGGAAAUGCUCAGGAGGAUGAAUUCUUAG